AUGCGGGCUCCAUCUGCCGGUCCAGCAUCCAAACAUGCUUUCUUAUGUAACCACGCCUUUCGUGAACAUGAAACCUUUACUGAAAAUGGAGUAAAUUUAAAUAAAAAACUUUCUAUUAUUCUUCAGGGGGAAAUAGACCGCAGACGAUUUUCCAAUCCCACAUAUUACAAUGUCGGCGGGGUUUUGUCUAGCAACGAAUCAAUUGCCUUCUUCAAGGAUACUAUAUCCAAUCUUAAUUUUAAGGACAAGUAUGUCCCUCGAGGAGUCACGUACCACGAUUACUCAAUACUGAUGGAUCCGAAUCCAAUCAAAACAGCUUUGAACGUGUGCAAGGACUUGAUUGGACAUAGAGUGUACGCAGUGAUCGUUUCGCAUCCAUUGACCGGGGAGCUCUCGCCAGCGGCAGUUUCAUACACGAGCGGUUUCUAUCAUAUACCGGUUAUAGGAAUAUCGUCUCGGGAUUCCGCCUUCUCCGACAAGAACAUACACGUGUCAUUCCUACGGACAGUGCCGCCCUACUCGCAUCAGGCUGACGUCUGGGUCGAUGUUCUCAAACACUUCAAUUACAUGAAAGUAAUCGUCAUUCAUAGCUCUGAUACCGAUGGCAGAGCGAUUCUAGGGCGGUUUCAAACUACAUCUCAAAGUAUAGACGAAGACGUUGAUCGCAAAGUAGUUGUCGAGCAGGUGAUCGAGUUUGAACCGGGCUUGGACUCGUUUAGUGACAGACUAAUCGAUGUUAAAAGCGCCCAGGCUAGAGUAUUUCUGAUGUACGCAAGUAAGACCGAUGCGGAAAUAAUAUUCCGGGACGCCACGUACCUAAACAUGACGACGACCGGCUACGUUUGGAUGGUGACCGAGCAGGCACUGGACGCCGCCAACGCCCCUGAAGGACUCCUUGGAUUGCGUCUUGUGAACGCAACUAACGAACGUGCACAUAUACAGGAUUCCAUCUAUGUCCUGGCGUCGGCGAUACGUGAUAUGAACACGUCGGAGGAGAUCCACGCUCCGCCGUCUGACUGCGACAAUUCGGGGUCCAUUUGGACGACUGGGCGGCUGCUGUUCGACUACAUACGACGGCAGAGCCUGGAGAACGGCGCCACCGGCCACGUGGCCUUCGACGACCAUGGCGACAGGGUGCAUGCGGAGUACGACAUGGUCAACGUCCGCGCCCAGGGCGAGCACGUGGCCGUGGGGAAAUACUUCUACUCUAAGGAGCCACAGAAAAUGCGCCUAGAAUUGAAAGAGCAUGAAAUCAUUUGGAUGGGAAGAAGUUCAUCAAAGCCCGAGGGUUUUAUGAUACCGACUCAUCUCAAGGUUUUGACUAUUGAAGAAAAGCCAUUUGUGUACGCGCGUCGGGUAGAUGACGACAGUCUAUGUACUUCCGAGGAAAUACCUUGUCCGCAUUAUAACUCUAGCGAGGAAGCUGACCGCCUGUAUUGCUGCAAAGGCUUCUGCAUGGAUUUAUUACGCUAUCUGUCCAAGGCAAUCAAUUUCACAUACUCGCUCGCCCUCUCUCCGGACGGGCAGUUCGGGAAUUACAUCAUACGUAACUUCUCCGUGCCGGGAGCUAAGAAAGAGUGGACUGGACUCAUAGGUGAACUGGUUUACGAACGCGCCGACAUGAUCGUAGCUCCACUCACGAUUAAUCCCGAGCGGGCCGAGUUCAUCGAAUUCAGUAAACCUUUCAAAUAUCAGGGCAUAACCAUAUUGGAGAAGAAGCCUUCGCGUUCUUCGACAUUGGUAUCGUUCUUGCAACCGUUUUCUAACACGCUAUGGAUACUAGUGAUGGUUUCGGUACACGUGGUGGCGCUAGUGUUGUACCUGCUUGACAGGUUCUCGCCGUUCGGAAGAUUUAAAUUGGCCAACAUCGAUGGGACGGAGGAAGAUGCUCUGAACCUUUCCAGCGCAAUUUGGUUUGCUUGGGGCGUGCUACUGAACAGUGGUAUUGGAGAAGGAACACCCCGCAGCUUCUCAGCGCGUGUGCUCGGAAUGGUGUGGGCGGGAUUUGCCAUGAUCAUUGUCGCCUCGUACACCGCCAACCUGGCCGCCUUCCUCGUGCUCGAGCGACCGAAGACCAAAUUGACCGGGAUAAAUGACGCGAGAUUACGCAACACCAUGGAGAACCUGACUUGCGCAACGGUGAAGGGCUCUGCGGUGGACAUGUACUUCAGGCGGCAGGUGGAAUUAUCGAAUAUGUAUCGCACGAUGGAAGCCAACAACUACGACAACGCAGAGCAGGCCAUACAAGACGUGAAAAAUGGAAAACUGAUGGCAUUCAUCUGGGACUCCUCUCGGUUGGAGUUUGAGGCCGCUCAGGACUGCGAGCUCGUGACGGCGGGUGAGCUGUUCGGUCGAUCGGGCUACGGUGUUGGCCUCCAAAAGGGGUCCCCGUGGGCGGAUUUAGUUACACUCGCGAUUCUCGACUUUCAUGAAAGUGGAAUCAUGGAGUCUUUAGACAACCAAUGGAUACUUCGGAACAACAUGCUCAACUGCGAAGAGAACGAGAAAACUCCGAACACUCUGGGGCUUAAAAACAUGGCGGGAGUUUUCAUACUAGUUUUGGCGGGUAUCAUCGGCGGCAUAGUGCUGAUCGUCAUCGAGGUGGUUUACAAGCGUCACCAGAUACGGAAACAGAAGCGGAUGGAGAUAGCGCGCCACGCGGCCGACAGAUGGCGCGGCGCAGUCGAGAAGCGAAAAUCGCUGAGGGCCUCGAUACUGCCAUCGCAGCGGCGGGCGAAGUCGAACGGUGUGAAGGAAGCUGGAAGCAUCAGUUUGGCGGUGGACCGGGGAGCAAGGAGACGGGACGAGCCUCGUGUGCCAAGAUAUUUGCCGGCCUACACACCCGACGUGUCGCAUCUUGUUGUC